CUCGCAUAUUAUAUCUCACUAGUUUCAUUAGAAGUUCAUAGUUUUAUAUAAAAAUAAAUUAAUGAAAUCUAACAAAUACUUCAAUUAAAUGUUAAAAUAUUAUAUUUUCAUUUUAAUUCACAAAAUAAACCAACUGAAUUUAUUAUAUUAUUGACUUGUUUAAAUGUUGGGGUCUUUAAACAUUCUGUGUAAGAGGGGGGCUUACAUAAACACCAUGAUAAUUAAAAAGUAUUAAAUAUUAAUAUAAUAACUCUUUAUUAAGUAUUAUGAGUACAAUUAAUAAUAAUGUCAGUGUAUUAUGAAGUCAAACUUAGGCACACUUAGUUUUUCUAAUGUCACUAUUGAAGUUGAAUACCGGAGUUUGGGUUAUCAUACCUUCACCGGAAUAUGCAGAUUGAUUUUAGCAAGGUAUAAUAUACUCAAAUUGUUCAUAAUUACAGAUUUGAAAAUACUGGAUGCUACUCUCAAAAGUUUUCCAAAUGUAUUUCAUGCAGUAAAGGCCAUGGACCUUGGUAGUAAUUGGUUGGUGAUGGCUGUUUUGAUGACACUCCUGCAAUACAUAACCUAACCAUAACUUUUGUAUUACAAGGUUACUCAUUCUUGAAAAAAUUGGAUUAUUAUGGGAUGAAUAUGGUGUGAAACUUUUCACUUUUUUUAGGCCUUUAUUUUAAGUUUAAAAUGUUUAUAUGUUCUCAGUUAUGAGCGGUAAACAAUUGAUCAAUUCUUAAAAAUGUCUUACUAAUUUAUUAAAAUAGUAUUCAAAGCCAAUCAUAAUAUUAUGUUUUAAAUUUAAUUUUAAGAUAUGAUAACAUGAAAUUAAUAACCCCAAUAAUUUAAUUUAAAAAAAGUCUACAUCCCUAAUAAUACCAGAAUUAAAAACAGAUAAACUUAGGCCACUUUUUUUAAAUAAUAUAUUUACAAAUUUUGAAUAGACCCUCAUUGACAUAGGUAAUAUUUUACAAGAAAAUUAAAAUAAAAUUGUUUGUUUGUUAACAGACUAUACAGUCCUGUUUGGAAAAGUUGAGUUUACUAUGUGUGAACUUUUCAAUUUGAUAUAUCUUGCAAACAAAUAUUUAAUACUAUGAUAAUUUAACAACGGUUGUGAUGAUAGGAAUUACUUUUUAGUCUGUUAGGAAGAAUCUACGAUAUUCUCUAUUUUUUAUGUUGUAUUAAAUAACUAUAAGCUUUUGCAAAAUUAAUUUAUUGUUUAGUUAAUUGUGGAAAACACCAAAAAUAAUAUUAGUGAUUAAUUUUUAUUUUUAUUACCUAAAUUAUAUAUGUUUUUAACUGGAACAACUUCAGUUUAUGUAAAGUAAAUAAUUAUUAAUGUAUUAUGUUAUAAAUUGUUAAUAUAACAAAAGUAAUAUGUAAAUGUAACCAAAAAAAUAAUUAUAUUUAUUAAAUAUUAUAUUAUACCUAUGAUACUGAUAUAAUUUUCAAUUUUUUAUAUAGAUCUGUCUAUCUGCAAUUUACCUGCGAUUUACCUGCAAUACACCUGCGAUUUACUUACGAGUACAAGAAAAACGGUUUUUUUUAAGGCCAACCAUAUAUUCUAAUCAUUUAUAUUUCUUUUGUUUGUUUAAUAUUUUUUAAGUUUUUUUCAGCAUAGGUACACCUCUCAAAAUGGCACUGAGGGAUCACACUUAUGUCAUCCCAGCCAAUCAUGAACAAGAAGCUGGUACUCCAAACAUCCACCUACAAGAUCACACAUACACCCAACAGUUGCCUGUAGUUCAGAUUCAGCCCCAACAGGAAGAAGAUAGAGAAGCCCAAGAAGAUGGACCAGCACCCGUUGAAGAAGAAGAAGCUCCAGUAUAUGAUGAACAAGAAGAUAGACCAGCACCCGAUGAAGAAGAAGCUCCAGGAUAUGAUGAAGAACAACAACAAGAUGGACCACAAGAACUUGUCAUUGAUGCAGAACCAAGAAUAUACAGAAUAAUCCCCGGCAUUAGACUCAACUCAAAAUUUUAUGUGGAUAAUUUGGGAUUCAAAUAUUAUCAAAAGAAGUUACUGGUGAAUAGAAUACGUUUAAUUUGUGAGCGACGAAAAAAUCCCAGAGGUCCUUUGUGUCAUGGUUCAGCAUCAAUCAGUAGAAAUGAGAGGGACAACCGACUUUCUAUUGUAACUCCUCACAAUCAUGAUCCAGAAGCAAUUGACUUGGAUGUACCAUUCUUGAGGAACGCACUCGGUGAAAGAGCUGUGGAUCGCACAAUUACAACCCCAUCACUUCGAGGUCUUUAUAACAGUGAAAUAAUCAAACAUCCUCAAGCUGCUAUAAACUAUACAUUCCUCCAGACACAAUCGAGAGCGAAAAGGAUGAGACAAUCAAGACGUCCACAAUUGCCUAGGGACAUCCAUGAACUUUCAGAAAUGUUGAGCGACCCCCGAAAUGCAAAUUACGCUUCUACAUUUCAAAUUCCUUCUUCAGCAUUUUACAAUCAAGAAUUGAUUGUAAAUGGGGUGAGUGUAGGAGUUAUUUUUUCAAACACUUCUGCUAUUUACCGGUAUCGUGAAGAGUUGGCUACAGUAGAGAUGGUUGGAAUAGAUGGUACAUACAAGACAGUUCCACAAGUGCCGGGGGACUUGCGAUGUCUUCUGACAUUUCAAGUACUCUACAAAAGUGUAGCAUUUCCAAUGGUCUAUGUCCUUUUGGGGAGUGAGACGGAAGAGACAUACUCAGCAUUAUUCACUGUCAUCCGCAAUAUUCUACCACUGAAUUAUGAUAGAAUCCGUUUUGUUACUGAUUAUGAGCGUGCUCUUAUGAAUGCUGUCCAGCGAAUAUUUCCAAACAGCGAAUUGCUCUGCUGCUGGUUUCAUUUUUCACAGUCAGUUGUUAGAUAUUGUCACCGAAAAGUUAAUGGUGUCUUGAAUUUGGUGAAGAGGCAUGAAGUGGCAGCUCGUAUUUUCAGAAUGGUAUUAGCAUUGCCUCAUCUACCUGCUGAAAGGGGUAAUCCUGGGUGCCCUAAUUUUUGUAUGAUGGAUGGUUAUCGUGUAAUUGUCGAGUACACCGGACAAUUUCCUGAUAUCAGUGAGGUUAUGAGUCGUUUCCUGAGGGACUACAUAUUGGAUUAUUGGUUUGUGCAAAUAGGUCCACAGCGUUUAAGCGUUUUUGGUCAAGAUCACCGGACCAACAAUUACUUGGAAUCAUUCCAUUCAACGUUGCUCACACAAAUUGGACGCCACCCUAACAUUUGGGAUUUUCUUCAAAGACUGAUUAUUGUCGAAAAUCAGUUCUUCAUAGAAUUUCAACAGCGCACAAAUAACCUCACGAUUAGAGAUGGUACAUCCAGAGCCGAAAGACAAAAUACGACGCGGAUAAUAAGAGAAUCAGUACAACAACUAAACAGAGACGGUGACUUAUUAAUGUUUUUGAGGAGGACCGGUCACCGAAACGAUGGCUAUGUUCAAGAACAAAUUGGACCUUACCCAUGAGUAUGUUGUAACUUGUAAAUACUAAAUACCGUACAUAUUUUAAUUAUUUUAAAUUACAUUUUCUGGUUGUUCACUUAUAAAAAUAUUGUACUUAUCAUUGUUGGAAGUCUGUUAUUGUUCAUUGUUUUAUUAUUAAAUAAUGUAAUUUAUUAAGCUUAUAGUUAUUGAAUUAUUGUAUUUAUAAAUGUAUUAUUAUUCAACCAUGUUAUUUAAUAAGUUUGUUAUUAGUAAAAAAUCAUCUUUGUUCAAAAGUAUAAUAUAAUUAUUAUGUUUCUCAUAAUCACUAAUUGCAAAAUUAAUAAACUAGC